GUUUGUGUUGUGUACGCGCGCGUGUGUAAGUGAGUUGGUGCGUACGUGCGUGUCCCUGUGUGUAUGUGUGUGUUUCAGAAAUGUGGCAAAGUGGAUGAAAUACAUGAAAACGCACCGGCACACACUCCCAGCAUCCUAAUGGGUUUCAGAGAGAAUAGACAGACAAUUCAGCGCGUGAACAGGCUGUCGCUAAGGAAUUCACCUUAGGUGUCCCCCCCCCUUCUCCCCCCCAGCAGGACAUUAUUUUAUUUUCAACUAAGAACUGAAGGAAAAAAAAGAAGCGGGAGGAAAGAGGAGAGCAGCUUUCUUCAUCAUGUCUCUUUGGACUGUUGCUUCUCUGUCAUUUGUUCAGUGUUUGGAGGAGAAGACGAGCGGAGCACAUUAACGUCAUUUACCGCUGGACACUGGAGGCAAGAGGACUUUUCAGAUGGGUUUGCAUCUUUGAUUUGAAAACCCGACGCUGUGAUACAUGCACUGGCGUAUCAGGGGCCAUCCAUAUUUCUCAGCAUCUAAUUUUUUCAGCAGAGGAGUGAUAUAGCCUGCUCUGACGUCUGCAUCAGAUAUUACCCAGUGCUUUUUCAAUGUGCAUUUUCCCCUCAGUGACUUUGCGCUGAUCUACAUCAUCAUCAUCAGCAGCAGCAACGGGGGAAAAAAGGGAAUGAAGAUUUCAUUUUUCUUUUUUUUAAACCCACCGCUCCCCUUCAGCCCCUCAAAUAUCUUUUAACAACAUCACGUUGUGGAAUAGUCUGGCGCCGGAGCUUCGCUGGAACCAUGCCUCUUCUGCAGAUUUGGACUGGGAAAUUUCAUCCACCAAUUUGAUCACCAAGAGGCUGCUGCUCAGUCAUUCAUGCCAGUGUUUGUUUUUUUUUUUUUUUUUUAAGGGGAAGAAUACUUGUCAUCACUUUCUAAACUAUUGUGUGUGCUGCUUUCCCGAGCAAGAUGUCUGAUCUUCUGGUGUUGGUCGAGGGGCUCUGUGACCUGCACGGAUUUCCAUAGCUGGGGAAAACAGCGGGGGCCAAUUACCAGAUUUUUAAAAAAAAAAAAUCGAGAAGCCUGUUUUAAUGAAGACAUCGCAUGCGUAGAUGUAGGCGACUUUAUUCGACAUUUUUAAAAGGCAAUUAUUUUUUUGAUUGCCAGUUUUUACUUUGUGCAUUUUCGGGAGGACCACUGGACUGGUUGGAUUAGAAACUAUAUCCAAGGAUUUGUGGAGAUGUUGGGUCGUCAAGAAGAUAAAUUAUGUGGAAUUUUCUCUGCUCUGGCGGCUUUGUCCUUCGCAUGCUUUGUUCAAAGCUCCUCCACUGGAAGCACCGGAAUGUCUGUGGCCAAGACCACCGUGGACAAGUUGCUGAAGGGAUAUGACAUCCGUUUAAGGCCUGAUUUUGGAGGUCCUCCAGUCAUCGUAGGAAUGAGCAUCAACAUAGCGAGCAUCGACUCCAUCUCAGAAGUAAACAUGGACUACACCAUCACAAUGUAUUUCCAGCAGAGCUGGCAAGAUAAGCGUUUGGCCUAUGGUGAGCUGAACCUAAACCUGACUCUGGACAACCGUGUAGCAGACCAGCUGUGGCUCCCUGACACCUACUUCCUUAAUGACAAGAAGUCCUUUCUUCACGGUGUGACGGUAAAAAACCGUAUGAUCCGACUGCACCCUGACGGCACCGUCUUAUAUGGGCUGAGAAUAACCACCACUGCUGCUUGCAUGAUGGACCUGAGGAGGUACCCGCUUGACGAACAGAACUGCACCCUGGAAAUCGAAAGCUAUGGAUACACCACAGAUGACAUCGUAUUCUUCUGGCAAGGAGGAGACAAUGCUGUGACGGGCGUGGACAAGUUAGAGUUACCUCAGUUCUCCAUUGUGGACAUCCGCUUGGUGUCCAGGGAAGUCAGGUUUAUUACAGGUUCAUAUCCAAGGCUUUCACUGAGUUUCAGGAUUAAGAGGAACAUUGGAUAUUUCAUCCUGCAGACAUACAUGCCCUCCAUCUUGAUCACCAUCCUCUCCUGGGUCUCCUUCUGGAUCAAUUAUGAUGCCUCUGCAGCUCGGGUGGCCCUGGGUGUGACAACGGUGCUUACCAUGACAACAAUUAACACCCACCUUAGGGAGACUCUCCCAAAGAUUCCGUAUGUGAAAGCCAUCGACGUCUACCUCAUGGGCUGUUUUGUGUUUGUGUUCCUGGCCCUGCUUGAAUAUGCCUUUGUAAAUUACGUGUUCUUUGGCCGGGGCCCUGCGCAACAGAAGAAAAUCAAUGAGAGGCUGAACAAAGCCAACAACGAGCGCACAAGAUACGAAGAGAAGCGCCUGAGGGAACAGGACUCCAUUUCCGUGCCGUUUCAAACCAACACCUUCAGGUCAUUUACACAGCGAAGAAAUCUGUAUCUCGAGGAACAAAGAAAAGUUGGGGUGGAUGCUUACGGAAACAUCCUCCUCACCACACUGGAGAUGAACAACGAAGUGAUGCCUUCUGACGUGGGGAGCAGCGUCAGUGACUCUCGGAAUUCAGUCAUGUCCUUCGACAGCUCCGGGGUCCAAUUCAGGAAGCCCAUGGCGCCCCGAGACGGCUUCAGCCACCACUCGCUGGAUCGGAGCGCCAUGCGGAGCCGGGCCAACUGUCGGCUAAGACGACGCUCCUCCAAGCUCAAGUUGAAAAUCCCAAACCUUUCAGAUGUUAGCACCAUUGACAAGUGGUCCCGGGUCAUUUUCCCCAUCACCUUUGGAUUUUUCAACCUAAUCUACUGGUUGUACUAUGUGAAUUGAUGUGCAUCCCACUAGGAAUCAUGGGCCAUAUUUUGAGAGCACAUUAAAUUGGCUUUGAUACAGUUCCAAAAUAUGUAUACACAUAUACAAGUUGAACAUAUGUAUAUGCAUAUUUCUAUAUAUUAUAUUUAUAUAUACACGUGUGAAAUCUGAAGGACCUUUCUGCUGUACAAAAUAUUAAUAGGAUGACUUGAAUGUUUAAGAAUAAUUGUGAGAGAAGAAUUUCAAGGCUUUGAGUUUCUUUUUCCUCCUGAAACAAACAACAAACAGACAAACAAACAAACAAACAAACAGAGAUCCCGCCAGGGGUUUUUGGAACUAAAGACUGCAUGAUAUUUUUGCUAAAAAAAAAAAACAAGAAAAAAGAGAAAGUGAAAGCUCUUGAGAGAGAAAAGAUGUCUCAGAGUCCCAUUGACUUUUUAUUGAUACUCAUUGUAAUCAGAGAUCCUCUACCGCAGCUCAUGAAGUCAGUGGUGGCUUGUCUGUUCAGGCAUCAGCUGAGUGAGAUCCUUGACACCCACCCCCCUCUCCUUUCACACCCCUCCCCCCUCCCCCGUCCCCAACCCUCCCACCGCUCUCACCCCUCCCACCACACACACACACACACACACACACACACACACACACAACCCCACCCCACCGCACCCCACCCAUCCACCCAUGGAUAACAUGCACGGAAAUCUCCGGUUCUACUAUGUACAGCAACCUUGUUUGGAUUAUGUGUUGUUCCUUGGGUUUUUUGAAGUGAUAUCGUUCUCUUUAUCAGACAUCAGCUCUGGUCUGCUGGUCUCCGUCAGAAGGCCGUGUGGAUGGGAUGCUUGAGUGCCGCGUUUCCCGCCCAGAGUCGACGCAAAACUUGUAUUCCUUUCUCUUCUCAUGUUAUUUUUAGAAACAUGUCCUGGGGGGGGGGGGGGGGGGGGUCUUUUUUCAUUAUGGUUAAAAACAAAUGCUGAUUAUUGUAGAUAUGAUUUUGUCUUGAAAAAUACUGUGAUUUCAGAGAGUGUCAGAAGAUGUUCUAGAGCUAGGGCAUUAUGAGAUAAAAGAGUCAAAGGUAUGCAUUACUCAUUUUGAUUGUUUGAAAAAAAAAAAACAUAUUAUGUACAUUUUAUCAUUCAGUAUUCUCAUGAACGUAUACUUGUACUGUUUCUUUCCUCCUAUUGACCGAUUCACACGCUCUUUAGACGCAGAGUUCAUCAACGUCAUAUCCUGCUUUGUGUUUCGCUACAAGGACAUGGGGGGAUCGCUUUUGUGAAUCGUUUGAGAUUAUUCCACAGUGAAGAUGUGAGAACAUGUAUAUUCAAAAGAGUCAACAUAUCCGCCCAGAGUUUGACCAGUAGUCAUUCAGUAUACAGUAUUUCUUUGUUGUUGAGCGUUUCUUCGGUGUUGGAGUCAGUUUCUGAGGGCAGGAUUAUUUGACUGGGAUAGUGAUGGGCAGCAGAAGACGUGGGGAGAGAGGAUUCAACGUUUCACACCCAAACUCAAAUCAGUGCCGUCGCACCAGUGCUCUGAAGCCCGAGGAUCAGACACGGGACGGAUGCGGAGAUCCUCAGGCUGAUAAAUAGCCAUGAAUUCAAAUGACGACCAAAAGGCCUGUAAUCCAUAAACGUUACUGUUUUGUUUUGCUCUCAAACACACACACUUCAUUUCCAGUGCUCAGGUUCAUUUCCAAAGGGAAAAAAAAACUGUUGGACCUAGAUUUUUCUAUUUAUUUAUUUUGAAAUCAGACUGAAUAAUCAAGUGUUUAAUAGUUGUUUGGUUUGUGUAGCCACCAAAUAAACUUAAAGUCCGAACAUUAGAUGGCUGAAGCAGCUGGACAGUGGAUAUUGUACGGAGGGUAGGAAAAAGAAGCAGGAGUAUCAGUUUAUCAUCAGAAAUACCCCCCCCCCCCCCCCCCCCCCCGGGCGUAGUACGCAUAAGACCACGAUAAAGGAAGACUGAUCAGAAACCAAUUUGUCUCCACCAGUCAUAGUGAAGUUUGUACAGUGAUGUGGCCCGAGUUUAGUAUUUUUGUUUCCAUUUUACACGUUGUCGUCAUAUUCUUAUAGAAGCAAAUGAAGAAAAGAAAAGAAAAGAAAAGAAAAGAAAAGAAGAUCACCUUUAAGUAUCCAGUAGUCCAGACUGACAUGCAGGAAGACGGUGGAAGUAACAGGGAGACGUAGUGAGUUGGUUUUGUUUCUGUCUGCAGCCCAACAAUCUGUCGUUCGUCUCUCAGUGAACUGUGAGUCCAAACAUAGUGAUUAGUCUGAAAUGUGAAGAAAUGAAAUUUGUUGUUGUUCAUGUGAAACGAGACAGUGAGUCAAAAAGAGCCACAAUGAGCGAAAUUAGUAGCGAAUGUCGAGAGGAAACGGCCUCUGGCUUCACAUCUGACCAUCUCGCAGCUCUGGAGCAGCUUUUACAUAUUGAAUGGUCACGUGUUAGUUCUUCACAAGUUGCCAAAUGAGACUGAAAUGAACUUGAAAACAGUAGCAUCAGUUGUUUCUACAGCCUUAGUGAAGACGGCCCAGGAACUGAUCAAUCGCUGCACUCAGAACAGAGUUGGACAAUUUCAAACGGAAAGGAUCAAAACUGAUGCAGCAGAACCAGAUAUUGUCUUUUUUUUUUUUUAUCCCACUCAUUUUUCUUUCUUGUCAAAAUCUUGUGCCUACAUUACCCACAAUGCAACUCCAUCCCCUUCAGUUCUGCGAGAGAUUCAGGUGCGUUAUGCUAGAAGUGGCUAAUGUAGCCUCGAGAUGCUAGCCUGAAGCAGAGGUGAGGAGCAGGCUGCAGUCUUUUCUUUCUCUAACUCCUUCAGACAGUUUGUUAGAUUUCCUGUAGCUCCAGGUCAACACAGCUUUUUUUUCAUAAUUUUUUACUUUUUUAUUGAUUUAUUUUUUUACAUAUGCCCCCCCCCCCGCUCUGGGUGUAAAAUGGAGCUGAAUUGAGAGUUCCCCUUUAACUCGUAUGUAUGCUGCAAUUGUAGUUUAUAAAACGUGAGGCGCUCCAGAGACGUCGUUACUGGAUAUGAUUCACUGUGAUGAUUUUUGCAGAUAUUUGGAUUGCAUUCCCACAGCGUAGAUUACUUCACGGUUGGUGUAAACGAUGUUAGACAUGGAUUGUGGUGUCAGUCAGCGGCGGGGGUCACUGAUGUGCACGUUCACAUUCAUGUUUCCAGGCAGAUUUGUCCUUUACAGGUUUUUGAAGAAAUAAGAAUAAAGAAAGGUGGUGAGAGUUUGUAGAAAAAAUAACACUUAUUUUUUUCAUCAGUUCAUUCUGGUCUGCACAGUAACAGCUCGUCAAACUGUCCAGAGGCAAUAUGAUGGAUCUUUCCAAAGGGUUGAGUCAGACUAUGAGGCCAGCAGCACAAUAAUAUGAGAUUUAAGGCAAUUCUAAGUGGUAUUUGAACUAAAUCAGUGGAACAUGUUCAAGUAGAAAGAAACCUUCCUGUACAUUCGUACGUAAAGUAUCAAAUUCUCAUUGAGUUUGGUUGAUUCCCAGUAAUAACUACAAACAUGCCUAUUCAGGUAUGAACUGCUUCUUUGAGAUAGCUGAUGCAUAUCUUUACUGAACUCCAAACACAUCCAGAGGAGGAACAUUAGCAGCCCUUGCAUGCUCGCAGUAAAUAUAUUCACCUCUCAUUUCACUCAGAACAUGUAUUACCUGCUUUCUGGACAUGAAAUCAGCACAUUCAUCCCAAAAGCUGUGAGGAUGUUCUGUUCUAUGCUUUUCCUUUAGGAUCGUUGCUUAUUCAAGAGAGAAAAUACAUUUCUUUUGACACACAUGUUCAAGGAGUAGAGGAGGAGAAAAAAAAGUGUUGAACUGAUUUCAAUGUGAAUUUUCUUGCCUCUAGUGUAUAUGUGUAAUUACAUGUGAAUUGUACUGUAAAUAUGAUAUCUUUCACUUAAUAGUUCUUAAUGCAUGAACAAAAACAUGGCAGUUCGUAAUACCAGCUAGCCUCACUGCUAAUGGCAUGGACAGCUUCUCUAGCAUUGGCAUACUUCUGCAAACGAAACCUAAAAAAUGAAACACAAGAAAUACAUGAUGUGGACGAAAUAAUGGAGAAAUCAACAAAGUCUUCUCACAGUGAAGGAGGUGCUGGCGGCUCUGAGCUCGUAAGAACGAGGCUAAUGCAAAUGCCGAUACAGAUUUUCCCGGGAAUGACAGAACGCCCUGGUUCACUGUCAGCCAAUGGGACGGUGCCAUCUUGAAUCAAAUGCUCUAGUUGAGUGUUCCCACUUUUCAUAUCUGAACGGACCUUUUUCCGGGAGAUUUCAGCACAGUACACCUGCAGCGUUUACCUCAGCGAACAAAUCACGUAAUCGUCCACGAAUCUGCUAAAUUUACAGGCAUGUUCGGCUAGCUGGCUUAUAGAGGCUAGAGGAGCAGGGUUGCCUUAAGAAGGCGAGAGGGAUGUUCUUUCCUGUUCCUCAAUAAGACACUCAGCCAACUGCCAAAGUGUAGCUGCUCACUUACACUAACAACAGAGAUCUGUGUAGGUUAUCUCCCCGAACUAAAUAUGUUUAGCUAUGUGAGGGUGUGAUAAAAAAGUAGUUCCCUGGGUAACAGUUCCACAGAUGUCGCCUGGUUCUCUUCAGCUAAAUUAAACCCACUAUUAGAUGUCAUCUCACAUCUUGCCAUAAUUACGAGCUCGGAUUUAAUCUGGACAAAGUUAUAAAUCAUAUUACUCCCUGUUGAUUCCAGUCUGCGUGUUAGGGCGUUUCAUCUGGGAUUACACCAGCGCCCCGUGCAACAUGGGCCGAGCCUGUGAACACAAAACUGUUGUGUGAGUUCUGAAUAGUUCUGAGGCCGACCUCUCCUAAAAAGAGUGGACCACCAGUUUCAUCCAGAGCACGGCCGACAGACUCCUCACUGUUGGAAGAACUUCUGUUGCUGCAUUCAUUAUUUUGUAAACCUUGUAGGUUUUGUUUUGCAUGACCUGAGUUUUGAAAGGUUUAUUUUCAUAUAUUUUUACUUCACACCAUCUGAUUCAUCUCCACAGCCAGGAAAAGAAAGAUCCAGUGUUUACACGCUCAAAUUGCACUUGUUUUACAGCCAGCUCUAUAAAUCUUGUGAAACAAACUGUUCGUAAAACUGGAGGAAAAAUGUAACCGUAGAAGGUACAUGGUGUGAUUCCUUUGAAUCGCGAAUAUGUACUUCUACAAAUGUAUUUACUGUAAAUCACGCCGUUUGGAAUAGAUGCACCAAGUGCAUGCUGUAGUUUUAUCAGGUUCAGCAUAAGCAUCAACAUCAAUCGCCCUUCAACUACAAAGGAUGUAAAGGAUGCUCACCAGUAGCAUCUGAACGUAAGCCAUGUGAUUGCACACUGAGUGGGUGUUCCCUGUAUUUUCUCUUUAAUAAGUUGCCUCUGGUUACGGUCUGUUGUCGAUUAAUGUGUGAUGAAACCUGCAAGAAGCUGUGCUGAUUCCCAGUCACACAUCAGUAUACCUCCCGCUUUCAAAGGCUCGACCAGGGAGACUUUGUCAUGUUUAACCAGUAGGUGAGAAAGAUUUUCCAACACUUUAUAAAAAAAAAAGAAAAUUGGCAACGAGAAAGAAAAAAACCCACAAGAGCAACAGCCCAUUUAUUUUUCACUAUAAAUUAGUAAAUGAUUUUAUUCAUUUCUGUGUUCAUUUCUGAUUUACUGUAUUUGUUGCAUUUGUUAUGGAUUGUUAUUCUUACUGUUGUUGUUGUUUUAUCAUAAGAAGGAAAUGUACUUCAUCUGAUAUACUGGCACUGGAAGAAAAAUGCAUUUGGUUUUUGUACUGUAAUUGUUUUGUUCACAUUGGGCGCUUAUUUGAUUCAGUUGUUUAAUAAGGUGUUUGAUUUCAUUUGGAGUAUCAGUACUCAUGGAAUCAACAUUUGUGUAGUAUGAAGUUGUAUUUUUUUUGUCAGUGCAAAUUAAUGUUAUAGUGUCAAUCAGCUUUUUUAGGUGUUUGAACAAAAUGUGUUUUUUACAAAUACAAGGUGUUCAAGUAUGUGGUAUAAAAAGGGUUAUCAUUCAAACAACAGACUUUUUACAAAUAAAGGCUUAUACAGUAAAGAAA